AUGACAGUUUCAAGAUCUCACCGUACCAAGGUAAUUCCUUAUUCAUAUACUGGAGAGAUUAGGGUGUACUGUGCAAUUGCUCGAUCUGUUGUUCUAAAGAUUUAUAGAUUUUUCAGAGCUCUUGCUUCAUACAACAUUAGAAAUGUUGAGAUGACAGUUUCAAGAUCUCACCGUACCAAGGUUGAGUUAAAGGAAAAUCCGAAUUUGGUGGCUUUGGAGUUACUUAAAAUGAUGUGA